AUGUCGUCAUCCCGUUCUGACGAGAGCUUCCUGCAGGCUGAGAGAGUGAGUUUUUUUGACAAAUUUUUGCUGUAACUUUUAAAUAAUUUUUUUCUUAUUCAAGAACUUCCGGAAACUGAGAGAAAAGAUAGAAGGCAGGGCGGAAAAACCUGAACAAACGAGAGAACGACUUCCGGAGCCAAAAAGAGGGGAUCGACGAGCUUCGUCAACAGUUGCAGCGGGACGAGGUGAGAAUUUGAAUCUUCAGGAAAACAGGCAAAAAUAGUCUUUCAGUAUUUUGGAGAUUUCCAGAUUUUUAAAACUCUAACUCUGUUUUAUAAUCUUUCUUAAAAGUAUUGAAGAAGCUUUUUGAUCUAAAAAAUUCGAAAAAAGCAACUUUCUCGUCCAUCAACUUAAAUUAGAGCUCAAGUCUCUUCUGGACAGCAGAACUUCUUUCCUGAGCAAGCUUCAGUCAAAAAUCGACUUUUCAAAGCUUUUAGCUUAUCCUAACCAUUAAACAAGAUCUUGAAAAUCAAUAAAUCAAAAAAAAAAAUUCAAAUGGCUUAAUUGCAGGAGAACCAAAACGAAAAGAUGAAGCAAAAGAUCGCAACGCAACAGGAGCGGAUCUUCCAGCUGGAGGGAAUCUACAAAUACCAGCUACUAGAUUUGUAUUCCAUGAAGGAGACACUGAAGACGGUCAUCGAGGUUAGAAAUUGGAAAAUUCUAAUCAAAAUGAUAGAGAAAAUCGUUAAACAGAACUCUUCCAUCUAAUUAAAAAUUAGGAAUGAAUUACUCGGUUAAAUGAAAUUAGAUACAAUUGUUAACAGAAGAAGGCCGAAAAAUCAAAAAUCAAGGCGGUCAGAGAAAAAAAGGAAAUUUACCAGUGUCAAUCAUGCCAAUUGAAUUUUCAUAAAAUUAGGCAUUCGCUAACUCUCUCUGCUAAAAAAUGCUCAAGUAGAGAUUUACUUUAGAGUAUAACCUUGUUGAAAAAUAUAGUCUACUUCGGAAAAAAAUUUGCCCCAAAAGAAAAAUAUUCAACAUGGAGCGUAACGAGUUUAGUCAUUCCAAAUGCGGCCAGAUCGUUUCAAGGACAAACAUGUAAAGAGAUUUAGCAACUUCUGUAUUUCUCUCAAGCUAACUAUGGACGAACUAUCGUCAAGCAGCUUUUUAAUAUAUUUUUUUUCAGAAAGAAGAACGGAACAGAAUCCCGGAGGAGUUCAUCGCCCCGAGAAACAUCGAGCUUGAGAGGGAGAUUUUGGCGUUGGUCGCCGCGCAGGAGGAAGAAGACAGGAAAAGGAGGAAGACGAAGGCGGAGUUCAAGCGCCAGAAGGAGGAUGUUUUGGCUCCCGUCGCUGCGCACGAGAAAGAAGACUGGAAGAGGUCAGAGCCGAAGGUCGAGUUCAAUAUCGAGAAAGAGAGUCCGGCGGUGCUCCCUGCGCAGGAGGAAGAAGACUCGAAAAGGUCGGAGCCAAUCUUCGUGGAUGAGAUUUUGGCUUUGUUCGGAGCGCACGAGAAAGAGUACAAGAAACGGUCGGAUCCGAGUAUCGAGCUCAAGCGCCAGAAGGAGAUUAUGGCGAUGGCCGCCGCGCAGGAGGAAGAAGACAGGAAAAGGUUGGAACUGGAGGUCGAGCUCGAGCGCCAGAAGGAGAUUAUGGCGAUGGCCGCCGCGCAGAAGGAAGAAGACAAGAAGAGGUUAGAGCCGAAAGUCGAGCUCGAGCCGGUGGGACGACCGCAAGAGCAACGGAUCGCGGAGGAGGGACCGAGGUUCCGUUUGGACAUCUACCAUCUCCUUCUCUUUUGCGCCCUUCUCGUCGUAGUGGUCGGAGUAUUUAACAUCAUUGCCGAACCGAAAAAGCUUUUUGACUUUUCCGGGUACUCGAACCGUCUUUAUAGGUAUGCGUGCCGAUUUGUCUCCUAUGAAUUCGCCUAUAACUACUUGCGAUUUGUGAUCCCUUACUUGAGUAAAUUCUGCUUUCUCUACAGUCUUAUCUCGAGAUGUUUUUCUUCCGGCUUAGUCAGCAUCAUACGCUUCAUUUGGAAAUUAUUUUGUUGAAAAGUUUUCGCUUUUUAUGACCGCUCUAUGUUUUUUAUUUCUCCUUCUUAUUUCUUUCACGAGAUAGAAAAUUAUUCCCAAAAUUUUAGUCUACAUAAUUUCCUAUUUUUUUUAGAAGAGGAAACGCGUUGGGCCAUUUUUAGAUUGUGAUCUUUCUCCUCUUAAAAACUAGGAAAUUCUCAAAAAAAGAAAGAGUGUUUUAGCCAUUUUUUAGAAGAUUCCCAACCGAAUAUUAAGCUUUCCCUUUUUUUAGAGGAUCAAGUUUAUUUUUUUCUCUAUAAAGCUGCUAUAAUUUUUUUUUCACUUUUUUCACGAGUUCUCAAAUUUUUAACGUCGCUUUGAGUGAAUUUCUCCUUCAUUCCGAGCCUUUUCAACGACUUUUUUGAAGCAGGAUUGUUUCAUUUCUCUUUGAAAGCUGUCCGAAACUUUCAACCUCUUUCGUCUUUUCCAGAAAUAGUGAAUCAAAAAAAAACUUCAAAAAACAAAAAAAAAAACAUUUGGAAGAACAUUUUUGCAGCCAUUUUUUAAUGUAUUUUUUUGUUUAUGCUUAUUUUUAUAUUUUUUUCGUAUGUUUUUCAUGUUUAAUUCCUCAGCCAAUUUCAUGUUUAUUUUUUUGUGCAUAUUUUUUUCAUUUCUCCUCUUGGAAAUUUGUCUCUCAAGUCUUUCAAAAAAAUCAAUCCAUCCAUUUUUUUGGAAUAUCUUAUUCUCAAUUGUUUUUUUGUUACUCACUAACUUGUAUUUAUAACCUUCCAAAAAAACUUUAAAAAAAUAUAUGUUCUGUUUCAUUAGGUUUUUAUUUUUGCCCUUUUGUAUUUUUUUAUUAUUUCAUGCGUUCUUCCCCGUUCCUUUGUCAAAAAAACUUCACAAAAUGCAAAAAAAAAAUUUUGUAUUUGAUGUUGCGUCUGUUGUGAAAUGUUCAUUGAGUUACUUUUUGUGGAAUAAAUUCUCUAUUGCAUUUUUAUAGUAAUGAUGAAAUGUAAGAGGAAAAGGUCGGUAAAAGAACAAAGUUGAAAAAAAUAGCCGAGAAAAAAAGGAAUGCAAAAAGUCAAACGGCGUCCUCAGAAAAUUCUAUUUGAUACUCCGAAUUCUCCCCAAAAGAGAGAAAAUUUAAAAAUAAAAAUGAGAAAUUCGAGCCUCGGUUUUUCCUUUGAACCGUCCGAUUUAUUUUUUUAUGGUUCUUAUACUCAACGUAGACGCUCAAAAUACUCAUCCGAGAUUAAUAAAUAAGUUAAUACACAAAAAAAUGCGAAAAAAACAGCAAACGCGCCCCAUCAGACGAGUACGCGUGUGCGUCGCGUGGCUUUGUUUUUUUUUUUGCAUCAGUUGGCUUGCUUGGUGUCGCCGUGACCCUCGAAGUUUCAAUAGAAAGCUCGUUAAUAAAACUCGUUCUAGCGACUUUAUCUUCGCAAAAUCUCGCCAAAAGCCUUGGAUAUCGUCAGAUCUUCAUAAAUUCUCACUAUGACUCUUCAGAUUGCCGGUCUUUUUUUGUUCAUUACCACUGGAGCGUUUGCUGCUUUUCGAUAUGGUUAUCUUUUUUGAGAGGCAAUUUCAAAGAUGGGAUUUCUCAGAACCGCGACUUUUAACUUGUUAUGGGGCCAACAACUGCACACUCGAGGCACCAGAUGCUAAAAAUCCAGUGAAUUCGGAUGGAUUCAAGUUGGUUUCUGCGAAAAUUUAGUUUCUUUUGGUAAUAUGACGAUUUUUGUAAAUUAAAAAUAUAUUUCGAUACCUUGUCAUAUUUAUGACAAAUUGUAGGUUUCAUUGCUAGUUUUUUUUUUCUGAAUUAUUUGAUUUCUCUCGUAUAAAAAUGAAAAAGCUAACACAGGUGCCGAAAAGAGCCCGUGGAGCAACGUCAUCCGAAAAUGACGUCAUCGGAGCGGCUGGCCUGUCCUUUGAAGUGUCCCGCCACGAAUGAGAUUCACGUCAGGCUGAGUACCCGAUCCCUCAAUCCAUACUGUUUAGGUGCUCGAAAAAAUCCCUUCAUCGAAUAAAGACUGUGUGAAGUACUACACUUAUGGCAAAUACCAGGAUAAGACGGAAAAUGAGUGGUACGUUGAGUGGUCACUCGAGUAAUAUAUGAAUUUUUUGUUAGGUACAUUUGGAUGGCUGAACCGUGUCUAGCUUCCUUCCGAACCCACUGCCGAGUCGCUGAAUGAUUGUUGAUAUUUUCAUCGAUAAACUUUUUUCAAAGAAAUUCUUGAAAAACAACGAAAAUUGGGAAAAUCGUGGUCUAUGGGUCGAUAAAUCCCGCCAUUUUGUUCCCAUGCAUCGGUUCUCGUUGUGAUCAUGAUAAUGCUCAGGUUAAACACGCUCAACGAAAUAAAACUCAACCAUACCAAUUUUCGAUUUAAAUUUUCAAAAAGUGAGCAUGGAUAAUGAAAGAUAUCAUAAAAAUAACAACAACGCAUUUUAAAUGGUUUUUUGUAUGAUGUUUCUUGUGCAUGUACAGCCGACGAAAGUUACAUAAUGUCGAUUUUAUAUAUUUUUUAAUGAAUACAAAGUCUUUUUUUGAAUCUAAGAAAAGUGGAACAGUGAAUAUUUGCUCAUUCAUCUUCAAUAUCGAAACGGGAAAUACUAAAGAGAUUCUUCAUUGAAAAAAAUUUUAACUACUUCGAAAAUGUUUUUAAUGCUCAUAAAACUGCAUUUACAUUACUAGGAAAAUGUUUAGUGGCCGCUAUAGGGUUUUAACGUUUUGGUGGCCACUAUAGUAGUCAAAUUAAUGGCCACUUAAGGGGUAAAAAUUGGUGGCCACGAUAGAGGUCUAAGUGCCACUACUAGACAACGAAAAAUUUUAGUGGCCACUUUAGGGGUCAAUGUAUCAAAAUAACUGGUCCAAUAUGUUUGUUUUGAAUUUAUCAGAGUUACUGGAAGGAAUACUGGGUGAAAGGAAUAACUGACGUGGCCACUAAAACGGAAAGUAGUGGCCACUAUAGUUUUUUUCAAAUUUUUUACGCUUCAAAAACUGUAAUGAGCAAAACAAUUUCAUUCUGAACCAUACUUGUCACUGGUCGCAUUUUUUCAACGUUAAUAAAUUGUUCCUGCGCCAUUCAACUUUCAACGUUUCUAUGUUGAUUAUUUUGGAUCUCAAAGAACAAGUUUCGGAGGCCUGUUGAAAACACGCGAGCAUCCAAAAGAACAAUGGAUUAUGCAAAUUCCACUGUAGUUUCUCUUUUGAAACGAGAGGAAGUCGUGGAAAAACGGGACGGAAAUGCCGUCGAGCGUCGCUCCGAGUACUUCUACCAAGGAGCCAACCGAGAAUGA